GUUCACCACCUCCGACUUUAAUGACCCCACACCUCGCCCUGCUGGUGCUUGCCAGAAUUGGCUUACUGUAUAUACCUCCGUGAUCGUGGGACUGGACCCUCCGCGCCGCACAUUCCCAUGAUUGAGCAGGCUGAGAGCUAAGGCACCGUCCAAAGCAUACAACCGCCGACACAUCUUGUCGCCCGGCAUGGAUGAUAGUCGCAGCGCUACUGUGAGGCAGUCUCCGGCUAGUAAUAGGCGGAGAAGUCUGAGAAGUCAUCGCAACUGCGAGGAGGGCGGUGCGAGUGAUAGCGAGGCAGCAGCAAACGCUUCAAGUCAGCGUCCGCAGCCUCCCCGCCGCCGCAGUACAAGAUCACGCCCCGAGCCCUCUUCCGCAGACGUUGCCGAUUCCACUCCAACACUUUCGUCCACAACCGUGCCACUACCCCGCAAAACAGCUCCUGUCGUCAACACAGGUUUUGCAUUGUCGACCGUGGUAUCUACACGCAGCCGCGAAUCGAGGUUCAGCCUUUUCUCGCAAGGCCAACAAUCAAGAAGGGGACGGGACUCAGCUGUAGGCUCUCCCUCGCGAGGAGAUCUCUCUCCCAGGCAGAUCGGCCUUGGCUUGGACGGUGCCCCUGGCCUAUCUCCCUAUGAGAUCGACUUGUCGAUCGCCUUGGAAGAAGGGCUUGUUGAGAACGAUCUACGCAACGCUUUCCAUCCUUUGCGGCGUACGCAUACACAACCUCAUACUUCUGCGUCCUAUUCAGAGACGUCAACGUUCCAGCCAGUCCGCGACAUCGGCGGUCUCGGCCCUAGUGACGACGAACCCAACAGCUACAGCUCCAAUCGCGCAACCCCUGCAAACUUUUCAAGCCACCAAGCGUUGCCAGGUUGGCUUGUUGGUAACGAUCACGAUAUGGGAGGUUCAUCGAAACGAGCGAGAGAGAAAAUUCGAGAUAAGGAAAGCAAGGAUCUGCUGAAUACACUGGAGAGGCAUGGAGCGAUUACCGCGAUGCUCUACCAUGCCACCGAUCCGGAUCCCGAAGCAAACGAUAUUUGGCCCAACUUCCGUAACAGGGCAAAGUUGCCUGCCAGGUAUGCCUCACUUAAUGUCAGCCGAGGAAAAUGGGGCAACAAAGGAGUCGACCCCUCCACAAGUAGACUACAGGUGGCCACUCAAGAUCGAUACAAUCUCCGAGGGCAGAAUGGUGGGUGGAGUGCGUCAGCUCCGGAGACGAUCGAUCCACAGUCUACAUCCUCGACCAGCACAGGCCGCCCGUUUUGGCAGCUCCCUGUUGAGCUCGUCGAACAGAUCAUCGAGCACCUCAACCGAGAUGAUGUCAAAUCUCUCCGUCUAGUAAGCCGCGAGCUGAACGAGUACACAUCUCAAGCUGCUUUUAGAACAGUCGUUGUUCCUUUCAACACUGAGAUUUAUGGCAUGCUGGGACAAGAAGUGAAACCUGAUCGCAAGGGCAAGAAACGUGCGAGAAUAAGCAGGCCGGAAUAUUGUUGGAAGAAUGCCAACGGAGAUGAGGUGUACAACGGCCAUGGUCUCGACGUGUUCCGUGGCUUUGGAAGGCACAUCCUCAGAUACGGGAUGAGCUUCGAGAUGAACGAGGACUCCUUAUCUGCGCCUCCUUCGAAGUCGACGACAGAGCAAAAGACCAGCUUCUGGGGUAAUUAUGAUUGGCCUUUCGAGGAGUAUCGACGGUUCGAUGCCGUUGCUGGUCUCGAAUCUGCCGCUGACGAGACACCGCGAAUGAAAACUGCCUUCUCAGAGCUGACCAAAGUCAAAGAGCUCGCACUCACCGUCAACAGUGGCCUUGGAUGGUUGAACGGUCCAGACCUUUCGAUUAGAGCACGCAUCUUGCAAACACCACCCAGUAUUUUCGGGUCUCGCCAAAACGUUCCAGAUCGCCGAUCGCAGGCUCAACAGGAGCUCUGGCAUCACAUUGAGGACACGCAUGUCCGUGCAGGUGACGAUGCUCGCACAGCAUCUCUCUACCGACUGGAAGGAGCGCGUCCUUUGACGGAAGUACAAGAGUCUCGACUGUUGGCUGCGACACAACCAAGUCUGCCGUUCCUGGAGUCUCACAUCCCGCAUGAAGCGACCCCGCAUGACACAGCAGAUGCAGCCGUUUCACAACCACUCGAUGACACAAGCUCACUUGAUCGCCACGUCUUGAGAUCAUCUUCUGUUAACGCUGGUAUCUUGUUUACCAGUUCAACGUUACAGCACAAUGACGCUGCACAAGUCCUGAGUCCCAUUGUACCUGCUACUCUCACUAAGGCUCAGAAAGAAUGGCUGCUCGAAACGGAGUGGGCUCAACGCGCAUUCUUGUCAUCCUAUAUGCUUUCGGUCAUUGACAAUCGGACUACGUUCCAUUUGAUACACACGCUCAACAUUUCUAGCCUCGCCGACCGUUACAUCUCCAUGCUAGACCGUGCAGACUUUUGGGAUGCGCUACCGAGCUUGCAAGAUGUUACUCUGAUGGUCAUACCGGGAUGGAGGACAGUGGAGAAAGACGAGGCCGGUUUUGUCGAUACCCCCAGAGUGGACCCAGCUGGUCACGUCGAUACUUUCUGUGGCCUUCUGCAAGCUCAAGUCGCGCCACGGUCCAAGAUCACCAGGUUGACAGUGGGAUUUGCCGCGGGUGGAGAGCAUGCUGAGGGACUGCAUGCACGAAACAAGCUCCUGAUGCCAGCGCCUCUGUUGCCACUGAGAGCUCGUAUGCACGCAGAUUCGACUAGCCCGCCCAUGGAAACUGCUAUAGUACAAGACACCAACAUGCUCCGAGAGGCUCUGGUACACUUUCCUCAUUUGGAAGAGCUUACGUUGCGUAACUGUUGGAUCACCCCGUCCGCUCUACUGCAAUUUGUCAAGGUUCAUGACGAGUAUGCGCUCAAGCACUUGGCUCUGGAGUUUGUCUCGCUGACAGCCACACUCCGGCCCUCAGGGAAUGCGCAGGCUGCACACGCUGGUCAGCAAGCCAUACUUUUGAAUGCUCCUCCAGCUCAACUUGCUCUGUGGGCUCACGGUAACAACAAUGCUGGGGGCAAUGCUGCUCCUGCGAACAACGUCCCGGGCAACGGUCAGGUCCUGAAUAUCCACAUCCAGAAUCUGCACGCUCAACUUCAGCAAAUGCAAGCAAAUGCUGGGGGCGUGCAGCAGCAUCAACAAGUGCAUGUUUUGCAAACCCAACUGCAACAGCAACUGCAGAAUGCUCAUGCUCUGACUCAAAAUGUUCAGGCUCUGACAGCACCGCAAGCUCAAGCCGGCGCGCCACAGGCCACAAUGCAGUUUCAGCAAGCCCAACAACAGCUUCAACAGCAACAACAACACGCCGCCCAGAUCAUGCAUCUUGCUGUUCAAGUUAACUUCCUGCAGAACGCAAUGGCAAAUCAGAACGCACAAGCCAAUGCUGCGACCAGCAGUGCCAGCGCUACCCUGCAGACUCCAGCUCGCGAAGGCUCGUGGAUCGACAUCAUUGACCAAAUCUCGCCCGGCACCAAUCUCUCUGACUUCGAGUCUAUGCAUUCGAAAGUCGACGCAAACCGGGCCACUUCGCUCAUGUCCAUCUCGUUCGUAUCAUGCGGCUAUGCAAAGCUGCCCCAUCUCGGCCUCAGCAUUGACCAAUCCGCCAUCGAAGCGGUCAACGGCUUCGCCGCCGCCACAGCUCUACGCAAUCCCAUCUUCACAAAGCGCUACAACGCGCUUUCACCAGCGAUGAUGAGCUCCAAGUGGCAGUACCUCGGCGAGAUCGUGCAGGAAGUCAAUCUCAACGAGUACGCUGCGCUAGACGCGGGCUGGAACUUGCGACACGGCUGGGAGGAUGCCGAGGCUGCGCGAGCCGUUGAAUUCGAUGGUCUGCUCAGUGGUGGUACGGGCAGGUUCACAGGCAAGGUGCAGCGCUCCGACAGAGUUGAGACCGAGGCGAAGUAUGCGAGUUAGUCGAUCUGCCGACGUUUGCCUUCUCUGCUUCUUGUGUACUGACCUAGAAAUUCUAGAUAUGGAUGCGUUGACGAAGUUGCUCGGGCAUAUGGUAUUGGCUCAUUAGCAGUGGCGCGUGUAGCGGAACAGCAUCCGAGGAAUUGGGAACAACUACGAGCAUUUACAUAUGAAGCUCUCACAGUUCUACUAGCAUGGUCGUUCUAUUAUCACGAUCAGGCAUCACAUAGUAUCAAUCACAUAUCGACACAAAGUCUUCAGCAG